AUGACAACUGCUAGCAAUGAGGGAAUUGUCAACUAUGUCAAUGAGCUUAAGGAAUCGGGAUUAAAUGGAAUCGUACACACUGAAUCGCAGGGCCAAUAUCGCGUGGAGAGAGAUAUUAUGUAUCAGCACUAUCAAAGAUGGUGUGAGACAGCUGGUGAAGUCCCUGAUAAGCGAUCGAAAUUUUGUGAGAAGCUCUCGAAGUUGGACAAGCGUAUCACAUUCAAGCGAUACAAAGAAAGUGGAGCCACUCCUUAUGGGUUCUUCUUUCCAAUUGACUUUAACCAAGUCUAA